AUGAGCCGCAACAUGGCGCAAGCCCGAAGCGAGGCGACACCUCAACAAUCUCAACAAUCCACGUCAUGUUGCUGGAAGACGUACGGGUCGAUGUCGACUUUAUUGGCUUUGGACGGUGUGGAACAACAUACCUAUGUAUUGCAGCCAACGUCAUUAUCUACUGCGGAUGGUGCUGAGCAACACCACGCUGCUGUAGCUGAGCACCAACGCCACGAAUAG